CCCCUUGCUGCAAACGCAUCGCAACCCACUGUACAUGCAUUCGGUUUAAUCAAUUCAAUUUUGUAGUCAUAUCUGCCUACAUAAAAUAAAGCCGAACCUAUCUUAUCUCUCUAAAAUUGAUAAGCAGAACCGCCAUCAGGUGACAGUAACAAUAGAAUUUCACGUAGUGUUCGUGCGACAGUAGCCAUUUUUGAAUUGUAUGUGGUGUCUUCUAAAAUAAAAUUAACAAAAUGUCUAAAGAAAGAGAAUUGCAACUGGGCAUGAGAUGCGUCAAAUAUAUGAUUUUUGUAGCUAACUUUAUGUUUAUGUUAGUUGGCUUUCUCUUAAUAUCCAUUGGUUACACCAUCAAAGCAAUCUACACCGAUUUUGAUGCUUUCUUGACAAAUCACACCUUCAAAGCUUCCGACUUAGCGAUUGGAGUUGGAGUUGUCAUUCUCAUUGUCGCCUUAUUUGGUUGUGUAGGUGCCGUCAGACAAAGCGUUUUUCUUGUUAAUUUGUACGCCCUAUGCCUUCUUUUGAUCGUUGUUCUGGAAAUUGCUGUAAGCAUAGCAGCUUACAGAUCCAGAGCGCAGCUAGAAAUCACACUGGAAGCUGAUAUGUAUACAAGUAUGAACGAGUAUCAGAGGGAAACUAACUUUAUAUGGUCUGCCAGUCAACGUAGCCUACGUUGCUGUGGAGUCAAUGGACCUGAUGACUGGGCAAAAUACGAGGGCAGGUACAAUAUGUCCUAUGUAACUGAAAUUCGUUAUUCCACUGGAAAACCCAAAGUUUUUGUAGUUCCGGACAGUUGUUGCCGUCAAAAUAACUGUACUGAUAUUUAUUCUUUACGCUUCACGGGCUGUCUACCAAAAAUUAACUACAUUAUUUCACAAAGUGCUCUUCUUUUGGGAGUUGGUGCUAUGUGUAUUACUUUUAUUCAGUUACUUGGUGCCAUCUUCGCCCAUCUUCUGGCUCGAUCCAUUAGGAAACUCAAAACUCAAAUGGAAGUUGAGAGAAGUAUCAGAAGACAGCAACUGUACGAGCAACUAUCUCAGGCUCAAGCACAAAGCGAACAGGCUAAAGUUAGUCCAGUACUUUACGUACCAUCAAGUUCUGAAGCCUAAAUUUUAAAUGUAUAAAUUUUAUCUGUAGGUUUAAAAUAUGAGAUAUUUUUAAAAUAUUUAGACGUUAUUAUUUAUAAGAUACAAUUUUAAAUAUUUUCUUAUCAGAUAAAUAACAAUAGUAGAUAAAGAUAAUAGAAGGUUUUAUUUUUUAGAUAAAGUAAGUCUUAAUGUACUUAAAUUUGAACAGUAAUAAAUAACAAAAUAUAUUUUAAUUUAUAACGAAAAUAAUAAAAGAGUUGUUUG